GGCUGCUCUAAAGAUAGGAAAGGAAACAAAUUUCGGGCCCGUCGCGUCUAGCAAAAAAUAUGAGAAAAAAAUUAUUAAAAAUUCUAAAAAUAGUUGAAAGUCAAGAAAAACACAACAGAAAGGAUGCCAAAGCGUCCAGGACUCAUGAGUCCUGCAUGACGUCAUCAACAUGUCCAUGUGCAACUAGCCUGCCUUAGGGGCGCCAUGGCGGCAGGAACCCAGGUCCACUUGGACCAGGUCCUGGACACGGCAAAGCUGGCGGCACCCAUGGGGAGGCGCAGGCGAGCAGAAGGAAAACCCAAGAAGAAUUUCCCCUGCGAAGACUGCGAGAAAGCUUUCAACAGUGUGGAGAAGCUGAAGGUGCAUUCCUACUCUCACACCGGAGAGAGACCAUACUUCUGCUCCCAGCCUGGAUGCACCAAGGCCUUUGUCUCCAAAUACAAGCUGCUAAGGCACAUGGCAACUCACUCGCCAGAAAAAAGCCACAGGUGUUCGUACUGUGAAAAAAUGUUUCACCGCAAGGAUCACUUAAAGAAUCACCUUCACACCCACGACCCGUACAAAGAAGCCUUUGCAUGUGAGGAGUGCGGUAAGAACUACAACACCAAGCUGGGCUUCAAACGCCACCUCGCCCUCCACGCCGCCAACAGCGGGGACCUCACCUGCCAGGUGUGUCUGCAGGCGUUCCCCAGCACCGCGGUGCUCCUGGAACACCUCCGAACCCACGCCGGCAAGUCCGCCGGUGCCACAAAGGAGAAAAAGCACCACUGCGAUCACUGCGAGCGGCAAUUUUACACCCGUAAAGACGUACGGCGUCACAUGGUGGUCCACACGGGACGCAAGGACUUCCUGUGUCAAUACUGCGCGCAGCGCUUUGGCAGGAAGGACCACCUGACCCGACAUGUGAAGAAGAGUCACGCUCAAGAACUGUUGCGAGUGAAAAGUGAGCCAGCUGAUUUGGUGCAGCCUCCGGUCUUUGAGUCCAUGGCUGAGCUCCCAGACAUGUUGACGACAAUGCCGCAUCAGCACAUUUACACCACCGCCCUCCUGGACUCAGAUCCCCUCCCGAACGCCGCGUUAAAUAAAUACCCAUUAGGCUCCAACAUGACCUCAUACGCUGUCUCCUCACAGGGACUGGAACAGAACCAAAAGGGAGAACUGGAGAGCUACCUAAUGGCGCUACAAAGCAUCACGCCUUCGUCGUCCUCCGCAAGCCAAUAUCAACUUUCUACCUGCAAACUGGAGAUGGAUUCUCACGCCGCCAUGAUGGAAGAAGCGAGGCAGGAAUUGUCCAGGAUUCCGACAUCAACGCCGACGUGUGACUCGAUGGCCUCGCCCUCGUCGCUGAUGGACUUCUCCCAGCUUUUCAAUUUUCUGCCGCUAAAUGGACCUCCGUACAUUCAAACAGGGGGCAGUGCAGAGCAGCACACGCUCCACCAAGACAACACACCUUUGCUCCUGCUCCCACAAUCCUCCAAAACAACCACGCUGCCACGCUUCCAUCAGGCUUUUCAGUGAUCCAGUAAGUUUGACGCAUUCAUAUAUACAUACAGUACAUCAACAUACACGGUAAACGUACUGUACAUACAAACAUUCAUACAUACAGUACUGAACAUACAUAUUA